AUGCAUUCGCUGCUUGUUUGUGUUUCAGCGCUUUGCUUUUGUCAGCUUUGCCAGGCAGGCGCGGGGAUUCCCCUCUGCAAGGAUUGUCGGGUGAAUGUGAUAUAUCCUGGUGAGGGAAAACCCCAACAGCAGUUGCCAGAGAAUCAUCAAAUAGUUCGCAUCAUCAACGACUACAGGCGAAUCACCAAAGAGCAAAUGGAAAUUCAGGAUGAGAUCAGGCAGCAUAGAUUGCAGGUGAAGGAUUUCAACUUUAUAGCCAAGGUAAAGUUGGAAAAUGUCAUACGAUGCAGUGCGGCCUUGGUGGGCCCACGACUGCUGAUCACCUCAAGUACUUGCUUUGUGAAUAAAACAUCUCAGCAACUGAGAGUCCUUUUCCCUGGUGGAAGAACUUUUGAUAUUGAUAGUAUAGUAAAACCUGAUUCUUGCCCUGAGAUUAGCCUGCUCCUUUUGAAGUCAGAAGUUUCUGAAAUCAAUCCGAUUUACCUGUGUCAUCAGGACAUACAGUUGGGCAUUAACGCCUCAAUGAUGAUGGCCAGUCCUGAUCUCAGUUUUUAUGGCCGUCGGCACACUAAAAUCAUCUCGAAUGAGGUCUGCCAGACUACUUUUUUUGAAGAAGAUUCCGUUUUUACUACCUCCAAUAUGAUGUGUGCCAUGAACUCCAUGACGCCAGAUAAGUGUGCCACUUCUCCAGGGGAUGCCUUGCUGAUAGACCACAAGCUGUGUGGCAUAAAUAUUUAUGGAUUCCGCUGUUUCGUAAAUGAACUCAACGGCGAUCUCUACAUAAACCUGAGUAAGCUGCAGCCCAUGAUCGGCGAUUUGAUACGGCAACUAAAUGUUAAAGUCGGAAAUUGA